GGAGGCGCUGUCGGCCAGCGCGGCCAGUGCAGCUCAGCGCCCGGCGGGUGCGCGGCGGGCUUGGGGUGCCGCGCGGUAGCGCACCCUCCUGCGCCCCAGCGGCCGCGGGCUUGCUGCAGCGCGUUCUUUCGAUGCAGAACGAGCCCCAGGCACCCCAGCAGGCCGCACGCUUCUCUUUCGCGGUGGAUGAGGUCGCCUGCAGAUCCAGGCUGGGCCUUAUGGGCUGCCCAGGCGGAGCGGGACUUCCCGGUCAUCGUCGUCCUCCGCUCGCCCAGCUCAGCCUGGCCGGAGUUCGGCGUCCCCAGCCCCUGUCCGCCGCCCACCUGCUGAGGAGCAGCAGAGUGCUGUGUCACUCAGGAGUUGGGGACCCCUGACCCAACCCAACCGCCCUCGUGCGCUGUGCAGAAAGCCUCUGGGUCACGCAACGACGGUCCUUGGGAGUUUGCGAAAUGGAGCCUAGAGGAGUCUCCAGUGGGACUAGAGGCCAACUGAACUGAGACCAUCCUUCCUGCAGUGGAAAGACAAUGGCUGUGGACCCUGCUUUCACCUUCUGGCUGUUUGUUUACGCACGUGUUAUGCACCUGUCCUCGUGGGGCAUAGCACCAUCGCUAAAUGCCUGGUACAUUUAAGAAGCCUGACUGCGGGAGAGGCCCUCUACAAACGCUGUUACCUGGAAUCUGAGAACUAACGCCAUUCUCCAUUUCAAGAUGCCUUUGCCAUUUUGACAGAUGCAAACUGACCCCUCUCGAGGCCACGACAGAAGGGGAAUCAUGACCGUUUGAAGCCUGGAAGACUGCCCUCAAUUAAGGAAAACCCUCGAUCAUUGUCUGAAAUGCUGAGAAAGUUGUUGCGAAGGAGACUUUUCUCUUAUCCCACUAAGUACUGCUUCUUGCUUCUUGUGUUUUCCCUAGUCACCUUCUCUGUUUUAAGAAUUCAUCAAAAGCCCGAAUUUGUAAGUGUUGGGCAUUUGGAGCUGGUUGGGGAGAAUCCCAAUAGUAAUAUUAAUUGUACCAAAAUUUUACAGGGGGAUGUAGAUGAAAUCCAAAAGGUACAGCUUGAAAUUCUAACGGUGAAAUUUAGGCAGCGCCCUCGGUGGACAACCAGCGACUAUAUAAACAUGACCAGAGAUUGCAAUUCUUUCGUCAAGAGGCGCAAAUAUAUCGUAGAGCCCCUUAGUAAAGAAGAGGCGGAGUUUCCCAUUGCGUAUUCUAUAGUGGUUCAUCACAAAAUCGAAAUGCUUGACAGGCUCCUGAGGGCCAUCUAUAUGCCUCAGAAUCUCUACUGCAUUCACGUGGACAGAAAAUCAGAGGACUCCUUUUUGGCUGCGGUGAUGGGCAUCGCCUCCUGCUUCAGUAACGUCUUCGUGGCCAGUCAGCUGGAGAGCGUGGUGUAUGCCUCUUGGAGUCGGGUUCAGGCCGACCUCAACUGCAUGCAAGACCUCUACAGGAUGAGUGCAGACUGGAGGUACUUGAUAAAUCUUUGCGGCAUGGAUUUCCCUAUUAAAACCAACCUGGAGAUUGUCCGGAAGCUCAAAUCGUUAAUGGGUGAAAACAACCUAGAGUCCGAGAGAAUGCCAUCCAAUAAAAAAGAAAGGUGGAAAAAGCAUUAUACAGUUGUUAACGGAAAGCUGACCAACACGGGGACGGACAAAAUGCACCCUCCUCUUGAAACGCCCCUGUUCUCAGGCAGUGCCUAUUUUGUGGUCAGUAGGAAGUAUGUGGGCUAUGUGCUAGAGAAUGAGAAGAUCCAGAAGUUUAUGGAGUGGGCCAAAGACACCUACAGUCCAGAUGAGUAUCUCUGGGCCACUAUCCAGAGGAUCCCCGAAGUCCCAGGCUCACUGUCCCUAAGCCAGAAGUAUGACAUGUCUGACAUGCACGCGAUCGCGAGGUUCGUCAAGUGGCAGUACUUUGAAGGUGAUGUCUCCAAGGGGGCCCCCUACCCGCCCUGCAGCGGGGUCCACGUGCGUUCUGUGUGUGUCUUCGGAGCAGGUGACUUGAACUGGAUGCUACGCAAGCACCACUUGUUUGCCAACAAGUUUGACACGGACAUUGACCUCUUUGCCAUCCAGUGUUUGGAUGAGCAUCUGCGGCAUAAAGCCCUGGAGACCCUGAAACGCUGACUCUUCAUCGUAGGCAACUUGAGAAGUAAAAGCCACGCGUGAGACGAGACGCACCCCAUCCGAUUCUUCUGCCUUGUUCAUACACAUCGGAGAAACUCUAGGGGGCGCCCUUGGGGGUGGGGACUCCCAACUGUGCGUAUCCUCCAAGCUCUGUGGUUUCGCCGGAGCACAGUGGGCUAGAAAGGUUAUAGCAUCACAUGUUGACCUAGCGUUAGCAUGGGGCCAGGACGGGCGCUGAGUGGCCCCGGGUGGCUGGGGAAGAGACCGUGCGAAAACCAGCCUCUUAAAAGAGCUCAGGGACUUAACAAAAGGAUUUCGUCUGUGCCAAAAUUACUUUGAGAGCUUUAAAUACGACAGUUUUCUUGAUCUGAGUACAUUUGUAGCAACAACCAAUUGUAAGGAUAUAAUUUAUCUUGCAGGAUUCAUUCGGUCAUAAGGAGUUUGACUUUAAGUGAUCGUUGUAAAUAACUUUGUCGUAACAUUGUGCUGUGUGUGUAUCAGUAUGUGUCAUCUCAGGGAACUUGCAAAAGGGGGCUUGAUUGAACAUGAAUAUUUCUGACUAAUUUUCCCUUCCAACAAUGUAUAGAUGUUUUUUGAAAACAAGAAAGUGAUGAUGUCUAGUUUAGUUGAUUCUGUGAAUCAUCUUAGCUUAUUAGAAAAAAAAUCUCUUAGGUUAUUUAAAAAGUUAAGAUAUCUUUGUUGUUCUAGUGUCUACAGAGGACACUUUAGUUUUUCCAAAUAUUUUUCUCUACUUUCUCCCCCCCCCCCCCCCACCGGUCUCCUCAGACCCCGCUAUCAAGCUGUACUGUAUAAAAACUUGUUUUCAAGGGCGCCUGGGAGGCUCAGUUGGUUGAGCGCCCGCCUUCGGCUCAGGUCAUGAUCUUGCGGUUUGUGGGUUCGAGCCUCGUGUCGGGCGGGCUGGGUGCUGACAGCUCAGAGCCUGGAGCCUGCUUGGGACUCUGUGUCUCCCUCUUUCUCUCCCCCUCCCCCCCUCAAACGCUGUCUGUCUCUCAAAAAUAAACAAACAUUAAAAGACAUGUUUUAAAAAAAAAACCUUGUUUUCAUGGUGCCCCCAUAUGACUGCCUCAGUUCUCUUUUGUGAUUCAAGCGAUAGCAACCCGUGCAGGGAUCUCAGACAGAAAGGGGAAGGUAGGUAUGGGGAGUGGCACGAACGGGCCAUGUGUGGGCAAUUUCUGAGGGCUCUGAGGAGUUUUUAGCCAGCAGUCUACUAUUUCUACUUGAUUGUAAAGCAUAGCCAAUGAAAGCGGUAACAUAGCAAGGUCAUAAUAUCAAACAGUUUCCAGGCACUCAACGGAGAAAACAUUUUUUUAUUCCUUCAAGUUAGAAAACGUUCUCGUUUUAUGGAGAGAGCUUUGUUAUCCUGACCCUCCUGAAUGAAUGUUUCACAUUUUUUGAGCCUUUGUCAUGUGCAAACGUGCCAAUAGGUAGACUUCUGUGUUUUGCAUGAUUAAAUAGGGUAGCCGACGUUGGACCAAGAAAAACAUAACUGGAAACUCACAAGAUGAUGUCAGUGAGGGCAUUAUGUGAUAGUGCUGUCUCUUGCCAUCUAAAUCAGUUUUUUCUUUUAACACCUGUCAGAUGUUUCUCCCAUGCUCUCAGUAGAUGGAUUUACCUGUUAGAUGGGUUCCCCUUUUUUUUUCUCUAAAAUCAGUGAUACUUGUUGACAAAUACUUUGCGUCUAUGUCUUAUGUUUUUACUUCAUUCAUGGUGUCUUUUAUGGACAGUGUUUUUCAUUUCUUAUUUUUGAAAAUUGGCAAAUUUACAGAAAGUUAAAAAUAAUAUAACCAUAAUGACCACCAUAUAACCUUCACCUAGAAUGGCUGGUUGCAAACAUGGUGCCCCGUUUGCUUUAAAUUAUAUGAUAGAUUUUGGAGUUUAGCAAAAUUGAUGAUUAAGUCUUAACUUUUUAAUUUACAAAUAUCCAAGGUUAUCUCAACACUCUUGUUGUAGCGUGACUGCAUCUGAUUUGCAUUUAAAUGGACAGGUUUUGGGAGAUUUUUCUCCACGGUAGACAUAAAGACUUUAGAGUCUCAUUUCCCCAAGUCUCACAUGAAAACUACCUACUGUGAUACCUCAACUUUCUAGAAUGGCUCUUGGUGAGAUAUGUCUGAACGUCACCCUAUUGCUAAUGCCUGUUAUAGGGAUUAUAUAGAAUCUGUUUAUUGUGACUCCCUUUUAUACGUUUUAGCAUGACUUUAAUAAAAUUUGUACUACUGAGACAUGGGGUGCCUGGCUGACUCAGUCCACAGAGCACA